AUGGGUUUGGAGACCAGCUGCUUGGUGCAGCCAGGCGCGCCCAGGCACCAAAUCGGCGGCUAUACCUCCACAGGCUGCUUCGUGCCGGGAAACAGCUGCAUGGGCCCGGGAAGUGCAUGUAUGAAUCGCCAAGAUGCCCGCAAUGUGAAGAACGGCGAGGCGAGGGGUGCCCGUGGAAACCACGGCCCGCUGCUGGAGUCGCUGACGCUGCGGCCCUUGCCCACGGGUCCCGGCCCCUUCUGUGGACCUGAUCGGGGCGUCACCCUCGAGGCGAAGUACGCAUCCUCUGAGGAGGCCUGCAAGGCCGCCAAGAAGUUCGCGGUGUCCGGAGACGCGCAGCAGGCACUGGUCGCCUACUCCAAUGCCCUGGAGUUGGACGAGAACAAUCCCUGUGUCUGCGACGACUUCGGACAGUUCCUACUGGCCCACGGACAGUUGGCUGGUGCAGAGUACCUCUUCACCCGAGCCGUGUCCUUGGACCCACAGAAUGCCCAGUACUGCUACCGUAAAGGUGUGGUGCUGCAGCAGCAGAGGCAGCUGAAGCAAGCCAUAGAGGCCUUCACUGCAGCUUUGGCUUUGAAGCCUCAGUUUCUGGGUGCCCUCUUCAACCUGGGGGUGGUGCACCGUGAGCUGGGCCAAGUCUCAGUGGCAGCCGAGCAGUUCAACAGGCUCCUGCAGCUCAACUCCGAGGAUCCCUGCGCCUUGGCCAUGCUCGGAGAGUGUCAGGCAGAGAUGGGGGACUUGGAGAGCGCUGUGAGGUCCUUGGAGGGAGCUGUGCGCCUGGAUCCCGAGAACCGCUCUGCGGUGAAGGCUGGGAUGUUCUUAUCUGUGAACGCGAGGCGGUCACUUCAAGGCAGUGCACUGAAUUCGCAGAGUGCAGAGUGCGGCCGCUUACGGCCGCUCCGCUCGGCCGGCAGUUUCAGAAUGCUCGCAAAGCAGAGCUCAUCUUCGUGGCGAGAACAUCUGGCGCCGCUGUUUCCCGUUGGCGUUUCGGCUGGUCGGAAGAGGGGCGCUUUUCAGGGCGAGCCGGCUCAAGACAGGGAGCGAUUGGGGGCGGGGUGGGGUGAAGAUGAGUCUUGCGCGGUCCGUUGGAGGGCCUCCUUGCUCGCGGCCGUGGCGGCCGUGGCGCUGUCGGAAGACUCGUGCAAGGAUCGUGAUGAUCGUUGGUUGGGCUAUGGUACGUCCUGCGAGAGGAUGAAGGCCAUGUGCGAAGACGACUUCUACGGAGAUUUGGUGCGGAACUGGUGUCCCCUCACUUGCGGAGCGUGUCGCACCUCACAGGAGAUCGACCUGAGCGCCGAAACGGCGAGAGACAGCACCAACGCGACCAACGCGACCGAGUCCGAAUGUCAAGGCGUGCCGACCGAGGAGUCGAACGUCAGCUUCUUGAAUGCAUCGGCUUUCCGUACGGAGCUUCCGCUGCCGCGCCGAACAGGAAACCGGUCGUCUUCUCUCUCGAGGAGGACCGAGGACCGGGACAGAGCGGACGCAGGCGCAGGUCGCGAGCUCCGCGAGCUCCGCGAGGAACAGAACCUGAGCGCCGGGAAGGCGAUCCUGCUUUUGGAAGAGCUUGACGAGGCAGCUGAGUUCUCGGGCAGGGGCCCCUUGUCGGCGCUCGAUGCCCUCGGAAAGCAUGCCGUGGGGGCACUGAGUAGCACGCUGGAUGCUUUGAGUCUCAACCUGAUGAAUCUUACCCAGGACCUUGGCAACUGGAGCGAAAGCAGCGAGAAAGAGCCCAAAGGCGGCAAGGGCGCAGUGGCUCAAAUGCUGGAUUUCUUGCUUCCAGACUUGGAGGAAGAAGAGGAGAAGAAGGUGUGCCCAGAAGGCUGGGAGCGGGUGCUGGGCGACGUCUACGGCGGCGACCAGUUCUCCGGUGGCUGGCGGCACUCGGCCGAGUCGGUCGAGGACUGUGCCUGGAGGUGUUUGACGCAGCCUGGAUGCGGGAGCUUCGAGUGGAGUGAGUCCAGGAAGAGGUGCUUUCGCAACAGCCAGACACGACCCACACAUGAGGCCGAUCGCACGGGCUUCGUGUUUUGUCGACGCCAACCGUGCCCAAGCUUCAAGACUCACAAGGACUGCGUCGGGCCGGGUGUUUCACCGGGCUUUUACUCCAAAGAGGUACGUAUGCGGCCAGGCAGCUACUGUAUUUGGUCCGGUGGCGCCUGUCAGGCCCCGAUGGCGUGCACGGACUCGGACUGCUUCUUGCCGGACGGCGGUCUGCCGGGCAUGGACCUCCCCAGUCGUUACACGCUCUGGAUCUCCCGCGAGGGCUUACAGGCCACCAUGGCCUCGGGCCGGCACUGA